AGAUAGCACACUACUUUGGCAUUCACACUGACAUCCUCCUAGAGAAUCAAGUGGACGCAGAGAGCAAUCAUCCAAACGUGAAAGACGCGAGCAUGGCUUCCAAAACUCAAAUCCUACUACUACUAGUACCUGUAAUAAUUACAAAUAUCAGCAUGUCAGGUACCACAGACACACCGGCCACAACGGGCAUGCCAAGCACCAUGGACCCAACAGGCAAAACGAGCACAUCAGGCAUCACGGGCACACCAGGGAACACAAGUGUGUCAGGAAUCACGUAUGCACCAAGGAACACAAGUGUGUCAGGAAUCACGGGCGCACCAGGGAACACAAGUGUGUCAGGAAUCACGGGCGCACCAGGGAACACAAGUGUGUCAGGAAUCACGGGCGCACCAUUGAACACCAGUGUGUCAGGAAUCACGUACGCACCAAGGAACACAAGUGUGUCAGGAAUCACGUACGCACCAAGGAACACAAGUGUGUCAGGAAUCACGGGCGCACCAUGGAACACCAGUGUGUCAGCAAUCACGGGCGCACCAUGGAACACCAGUGUUUCAGGAAUCACGGGCGCACCAUGGAACACCAGUGUGUCAGGAAUCACGUACGCACCAAGGAACACAAGUGUGUCAGGAAUCACGUACGCACCAAGGAACACAAGUGUGUCAGGAAUCACGGGCGCACCAUGGAACACCAGUGUGUCAGCAAUCACGGGCGCACCAUGGAACACAAGUGUGUCAGCAAUCACGGGCGCACCAUGGAACACCAGUGUUUCAGGAAUCACGGGCGCACCAUGGAACACCAGUGUGUCAGGAAUCACGGGUGCACCAGCGAACUCAAGUGUCUCAGGCAUCACCACCACAUCAACCACCACUGGCAAAUCAAUUACCAGCAAAAAAACCACUGCUUCUGUUGCAGCAUCUCUUUUACCAAUGGGACUGCCUGGACUUCUGUUCUACACUACUAUGGUUCUCAAAAUCUUUCAGCUGAUCUGAUUAUCAUCUCACUUAGUUUGUGACUAAAGCCUACAGGGACAGGGCCC